AAUUAUAAUUAAUCCUCUUUCAAAAAAAAAAAAAAAUUAUAAUUAAUCCAAAAUUUUUUAAUUAAAAGGUGCUGAAAAAAGGACCCUAAACCCAUUGCAAUUUUCUGAUUUUUAUGAUUGUCAUCUUCUUCGGAGCAGAGAUCAAUGGCGUGGAACGUCUUCAAGUUCUGCAGCGCCCUGCGAGCGCUCGGCUCCAUCAUGAUCUUCUUCGUUCUCGGAAUCAUUAGUCUAACUUAUUACGUCGUCGUUUUAACAAAUUACGGUCCCGCUCUCUUUCUCGGUGGCGUUCAUUCUCUUGUCGCUAUACUUGUCUUGCUCCUUUUCCAUGCUCUGCUGGUGAUGCUAUUGUGGAGCUAUUUUGCUGUUGUUAUUACUGACCCUGGUGGUGUUCCACCCGACUGGAAACCUGUAAUGGAUGAGGAAAGAGGCGAGGCGGACUCUUUGGUGGAAGCUCAGUAUGAUGCUUCAGCUUUAGCAUCUAACCAAUUAAGUGAUAUAAACAAUCAAACAGUACGAUUUUGCCGAAAGUGCAACCAGUUUAAACCGCCACGAUGCCAUCACUGUUCUGUCUGUGGAAGGUGUAUACUCAAAAUGGAUCAUCACUGCUUGUGGGUUGUCAAUUGUGUUGGAGCGUUAAAUUAUAAGUACUUUCUACUUUUCCUGUUUUACACAUUUCUUGAGACAACUAUAGUCAGUCUAUCAUUAUUGCCGUAUUUUAUAGCAUUUUUUACUGAUGGUGAGAUUGGUGGAACAGCAGGCACCCUUGCAGCCACUUUUAUAACAUUCAUAUUGAACUUUGCAUUUUCGCUUAGUGUUCUGGGUUUCUUCAUCAUGCACUUAUCAUUGGUCGCAGGCAACACCACCACGAUUGAGGCUUAUGAAAAGAGAAGAACUUCUAAAUGGCAUUACGACCUUGGGCGGAGAAACAACUUCGAACAGGUGUUCGGGACCGAUAAGAGAUAUUGGUUCAUCCCUGCCUAUUCAGAAGAGGAUUCAAGACAAAUACCAGCGCUUCGGGGUCUUGAAUAUCCAAUAAAGCCGGAGUUAAGUUCACUCCAACCAGUAUGACAAUUAACAAAGGGCAAACAGUAUAGUUUGGUUUGUAGUUCUUCAUUCAUGUUGGUACAUAAACAUACUCAGAUUCAGAUAUUCAAGGCAUGGAGAAUUCACAUUGGAUUACCCUUAUUUGUUCACUUCAGCCAUGGAGAAUUCUUCAGCCAGGAGAUUUUCGUUAGUGGCUUAAUGGGUGAAGUUGAAUAUAUAUAUUUAUACACAUAUAUAACUGAUAUUUUUUGUUGAAAUGGAACUGAAAGUUGGGGUUUCAAGGAUUUGUUUAUUUAUUUAUUUGAAUAGAAGAAAAGAGGUUGAUGUACAUGUAUGAAUGAACUGUGAGUAGUCAAUAGUAGUUGUGGCUGUGGGUAUAAAUUAGUAAAUUUUGAUA